GAUCCCUUGUAAAAAAGGUUUCCUAAUUAGUAACUUUUUAUCCCGCCAAAGCAUGUUUUUUUAUUAAUUUUCCAAACCUUUUUUAGAACAUUUUUUCACAAAGUAUAAAAUUUAGUAAUUAUUAUUUAUUAGCUAAAAUUGAAGACAAUCCGAAGAAAGCUUCGCCGCAGAAUUUCUUCUGGAAUUUUGGUAGCUUAAGACUUCCACUUCCCGUGCAUCCUUGAUUUUUCGGCAAAUUGACCCAUCCGACAUCUCAAAACAAAAUCCUCCAGCUAAUAACUAUUUUAUUAAAAAAGGCUUAUUGUUUCCAGAUCGCAUCCGGAAAGUUUAUCAGCUAUAUCAACUUUCUUGUCGAAAACAAAUUAUAUGAACAAAAUAUUAAUAUUUCAUUAAAUAUUUAAUAAUUUAUCUUCCUUUACCUAGUGUGAGACGAGGAAUACGAAGUGAAAUGGAGAAAUAUAUAAAUCUGCUGAUCAAACAUACAGAGGGUCGGGAUGUGAUGUCUUUGGUUCACUGGAUUCUCUCAUCUUUAGGGGAAACAUCACAAAAGGUUUACCUGGAGAACGUGUUGGAGAUUUUAGUUGAUUCCUUCUGUUUCAAAAACCAGGAUAUCCUUAAAAUAGCUCUUCAGAUCUCCAGUCAGAUAGAUAGGCCAGAUCUGAUGGAUCUGAUGCUUAGUUCAAGUUAUAUCCAGAAUAUCCCGAACCUCAGUAAGGAUGUGAGAAUAUUUAUCUGUAAAUUGAGUUGGAAUAUAGCUCUUAGCAAGUCGGGGUACCUGGAGAAGUUCAGACUGUUCCUUUUGGCCGCUGAGAUAUUGACGGACGUAUCCAGUUCUCAAGUUCAGCAGGCGGUUUAUGUAUCAGCCUUGUCAGCAGGUCUACGGGCUCUUGAGUGUGGUUAUGAGGAGGUUAGAGAGGAACUAUUUCAAACAAUGAAAUCUCUAACAGAGUCUGAAGAUCUUCUCCCUCUGAUGAAAAGAGCAAUCCUGGUUUUCCAGUUCAGGUUCAGUUUACUCACGCACUCCUAUUCAUCAUUCAACCUGAGAUCUGCGAUCCUAGAUCUCCAGGCUCUCAGAGAGUUUGAAAUAUUAGCAGCUGUUGGAGUUAUGGUCGCUGAGAAGAAUGAGAGGAUGAGCGUAGACUGCUUACUUCCUUGCUUAGAGAACUUGGAAAACCCAGGAACUGGUGGCUUAUCCAUUCUAGAGCUGAUGGAAAUCAAACCUCAGCAGUGGCCACACAUUGAUGCAGUCUUUUCACGUAUCAAAGACAGGAUUGUAGGACGGGAGAAGACUGCUCUAAGUAUUGUCUGGAACGGAUGGGUCAAGCUCUCUAUCUCACAAGUUUCUAAGGUUGUUGUGUACAAGUGGGGGGAUGUUCUCUCUCAACUACACAACAGUAUAACUGACGAGGUGGAACAUAUUCAUCCUCCUCUUCCCAUCCCAUCCCAGGCUCUUCAUCUCAAGAUUAUUAGAGCUCUAGACUUCUAAUUGGAUUGAUCUUCCCAUCCCAUCCCAGGCUCUUCAUCUCAAGAUUAAUAGAGCUCUAGACUUCUAAUUGGAUUCAUCUCUUUAAGUUUCUAGUUCCAUAGUCUUAAGUAAUCAAAUAAAAUAUCAAGUAAA